UGGAAAUGACAAAAAUAUCGACAGAGUUGCAUGUGCUGCAGCUAGAAGGAGAAGGAGAAGCUGCCAGGGUGGAAGCAAAGUACAUAGAACAAGCUGAAGGGUCGCGUGAUCUGACCGAAGUAAGAUCUACUUUAGAAAGGACCAGACUGGAACGCACAAGCGACUAUGUACAAUAUCAAAUAGACAGGCAGGCUCGUCUCCCCUCUCCAUACGUAUUCGAUAACUUCCCCAGCUACGAGGAACCUCAGAGAGUCACGAUUGCAUCACAUCCAUACGAGGAAGGAAAUUUACCCUCACGGCUCCGUGAUGAAGUCAAGAAUGAAAGAACCGACAACGCUCCUUCACCCCCACAACAGGACGGCGGGGAGGGAGAGGUUCACUCCAGGACAACAAUUGUCAGCUCGAACUGUACAGAAGUUUGCGGUCAAACUCAGUCAAGCCGUUCUUGUUCCGAGAUCUGCCUCACUGAGGUGUACCCUAAAGAAGCACAACAAGACAUUACCAAGCGUAAAGUAACCGACGAGACGCUAGGUCAGUCAGUUUUCGUUCAAACCGAGCACGGAAACAAACUUGCACAAUCAGCUCAAGAUACCAUUUCUUUAAAACCCAAAGACACCAAGGUCUUCAGAGAUGAAGCAAAUAAUGGGGUUGCCCCAUUGCCAAUCAGAGAACCACGCCAGCGCUCACCAGAUAACAAAGAGCAGGCAGUCAAACGGUUCACGUCCUUACGGAAAACCUGGAAAAGGAAACCUGAGAUACAGCAACGCACCCGAUUGGCCCACGAGGUACUGUGCACCCUAAUGGCAGAGGUCACAACCAUUAUAAACGCACAAUCAUUCCUACCUGUGUCUUCUGACCCAGAAAACCCCUUUAUACUUUCGCCAUCAACGCUCCUUACGCAGAAGGCAGGAGCACCUCCUCCACCAGGAGACUUCUCAGACAAGGAUUUGUACACAAAGCAAUGGAGACAAGUCCAGGCUCUGGCAAAUCAGUUCUGGUCCCGCUGGAGACAAAAAUAUCUACCUUUGUUGCAACAGAGACAAAAGUGGACAGAACCCCACAGGAAUCUGGCCAACGGCCAGAAUCACUGUUACAUUCCCUAGCGGGGAUGGACAUGUCAGGAAGAUCGAAUUGAAGACUACCGACCAAGGCGAUGUGAAAAUUUACCAAGGGCCAGUUACAGAAGUUAUUCUACUUCUACCCAAUGACUGAUUAAGAGACUAAGUUUGUACUCUGCUCAUUGUGACCUUACGAAGGUCAAGCGGGGAGUGUGCUGUCUUUACGACAGUUAUUUAGUUUAUAAUAUUUUCGCUUAGUAAUUCAUUCAAUAGUAUUUUCUAGUUAGAAUUAGAAGUGUUUAAAGUGUAUUCAUUGCAUGUAAAAUAUAUCGGCAUGCGAUGACGUCACAUCCGGUUUCGCCGCGUCUUGUGGGAAAACACCGGUUUGAAAUUAGCGCGAGGGUGGGGGCUUUCCACGAGGCUCACCUGAGCACAAGCAGUUUUGCAGGCAUGAGAAAUCACAGUGAGAGCAACGCUUUUUCACCAUAUGUUAAUGUGAAGAGUGAACAGUAAAUGGUUAAUCUUACUGCGAUCUGGUUUGCAUUGGCUGUGGUUUAUCCGGACGUUAAAUUCGGCGUUUCGUUACACCCGAAGGAGAACGUG